GCCUGCUCUUAUCAAUCAUUUGUCCUGUUUGUGUCUGUGAAACUGUCGGAACGCCGUCGCAGACAGAGUCGUCGCGUGUGCAGGGUUCGAUUUUCGAGCAAUGCCGCUAAUCGGCGGUGAUUAGUGCCCGUACGGUAAAAGUGAUUGACGAGCGGUUUUUAAUCCAAGAGUGCCUCGACUUUAUCGCAUUGCGGGGUAAUUUGCAAACCCCCCCUCAAAAUAAUCAAACGGAUUUAGUCAAAGUCUCAGUGUGCCAUGAGCUACCUCCAGAAGCACGCGCCUCCGCCGUUGGACAUUGAGUCGCCGGGAACGCGCGAUGACCAGAAGUUGCUGGGGAGUCCGUUUGACAAGCUGGCGCCGAUGAUCAUCGGGGGUCAUGAUGCCGGAUACAAUAGGGCGGGAAAUGGCAUGCAGCAGCAGCAGGGAAGUCCGGUUUCGCCGACCUCGCCGCUGGUGUACUGUCCCCGGUCGCCGUCGCUCGGAAGGAAGAGUCGUGCCUUCCGGCCCGGAACGACCCGGAAGUACCGCAAGCGGGCAAUUCUGAAGAAUGGCGAGUGCAACAUUACGACGUCCAAGGUUUCGCAGCAGCACUUGCGGUUCCUGCAGGACAUCUUCACGACGCUCGUGGAUGCCCAGUGGCGGUGGACGCUGCUGGUGUUUGCGUUCAGCUUUAUCGGGUCGUGGUUGUUCUUCGCGGUGAUUUGGUGGCUGAUUGCGUUCACCCAUGGCGAUCUGGAGGAGAUGCACCUGCCCGAUAAUCAAGCCGAAAACGGGUGGGUUCCGUGCGUGUUCAACAUCCAGUCGUUCACGUCGUGCUUCCUGUUCUCGAUCGAGACGCAGCACACGAUCGGGUACGGCGUGCGCACCACGACGGAGGAAUGCCCGGAGGCGAUCUUCAUCAUGUGCUUCCAGUCGAUCUACGGCGUCAUGAUCCAGGCCUUCAUGGUGGGCAUCGUGUUCGCCAAGAUGACCCGGCCCAAGCACCGAACGCAGACGUUGCUGUUCUCGAAGCAGGCGGUCAUCUGUCAACGGGACGGGGAGUUGUGCUUCAUGUUCCGGGUGGGGGACAUGCGCAAGAGUCACAUCAUCGGGGCGAGCAUCCGGGCCCAGUUGAUCCGGACGAGGUGCACCAAGGAGGGCGAAGUGCUGUCGCAGUACCAGUCGGAGUUGGACGUUGGGGCGGACGGGUGUGCGUCGGAUUUGUUCUUCAUCUGGCCGCAGAUCGUGGUGCACCGAAUUAACGCCGAUUCGCCGAUGUACAACAUGUCCGCGUCGGAUUUGCUGCAGGAUCGGUUCGAGAUUGUGGUCAUCUUGGAGGGGACGGUGGAGUCUACCGGCCAGAGCACGCAGGCUCGAUCGAGUUAUGUGAACGCGGAGAUUCUGUGGGGCCAUCGGUUCGAGCCGGUCGUGUUCUACAACAAGGAGAGUCAAGGGUACGAGAUCAACUACAGCCGGUUCGAUGAGACCACGCAGGUUGAUACGCCGCUCUGUUCGGCCCGUGAACUGGCCGAGUUCUACAAGAUCCAGGACGAUUAUCGCAGCAACGACAAUCUGGACAACAUUUCGUCCAAGACGCUGCUGGAGAAGCGCUGGCAGUACAAGUACCGCUCCCUGAUGGACACGCUGAGCCAGUUCAACGUGGAGGACGAAACCAACAGCCGAGGAGGAGGAGGAGGCGGAGGAGGUGCCAACUCGGUGCCCCGAACUCCCGUCAUUAGCAACCGGCGGACGUAUCUGACCAUUCAGGGAGUGCCGAGGCGACCGCGCUCGUACCUGCAGCUGGAGAACAAUCUGCGGAAUCUGUUUGAUGGGCCCCCUCCGGCGGGAUCACCGCCGCCGCCUGCUGUGGUCAGUGACCAUAGCAACGGUGAGCAGAGCCAGUUCCAUCGAAGCAACAGCUACAACGCCAGGAGCAGGACCAACAGCUAAAAGUUGGGGUGGUUUGAUACAUUCCUCAAAUCUGAGACUAUCAUAUCGAAUAGAAUCAUGUAUUAGAAUAUUCAAUUUUUAAACGGUAAGCAAUUGUAGUUUAAGGCAAACGAGAGAGUAUUAUAACAAGAGGGAGAGUGAUAUUUGAAACGAGUGAGCACAAUAAAGCAAACAAUUCAUG